CCCUCUUUUCUCCUGUGGUGAUACAACCAAGAAAACCCAAGAAAGAGAAAAAAAUUACAAGAACAACAAUAAUGAACGGAGCUAAGAACGCAGGGGAGGCGGUGAACAUUCAGCUGCCGGAGAUGAAAGUAGCAGCAGAGAUGGGGACAAUGAGCGGCCCAUUGGUAGCCCCGAGGCCCAGCCGGAGCGUUCAUGGCAAAAUGGACAUCGCCCACGUGGUUUUACGCCUGGCGUGCCUUUUAACUUCAGUCACGGCACUGUCACUGAUGGCCACUGCUAAACAAGCUUCCACCCUCUCCCUUUAUGGUUUUAACGUCCCUGUCCGCUCCAACUGGUCCUUCUCUGACUCUUUCGAGUACCUGGUUGGAGUUUCGGCAGCUGUUGCAGUUCAUUCCUUGCUUCAACUGCUUAUUAGCGGAUCAAGAUCUCUACGAAAAUCGCCAGUCAUUCCUUCUCGAAAUCAUGCUUGGCUUAUUUUCGCUGGGGAUCAGGUCUUUGCUUUUGCAAUGCUGAGUGCUGGAUCAGCUGCAUCAGGAGUAACCAAUCUGAAUCGUACAGGGAUCCGACAUUCAGCUCUUCCAAAUUUCUGCAAACCCUUGCAUGGUUUCUGCGACCGGGUUGCAGCAUCAAUAGCCUUUGCAUUCUUGAGUUCUUUAUUCCUUGCCAUUUCAACGGUUCUUGAUGUCGUCUGGCUGUCCAAGUACUAGAGCUUUCUAUUCUUCCUGCAUUGGCAUGUAAUUAUAAUGGCUCAAGGCAUGUUCUGACUGAUUCAGCGGAUUCUGCAGUUCAAAUCCAUGCUCUUGAAAUAAACGAAGACUGACUUUUGACUGCUUAAUCUAUGAUCCAUCUGAGAGAUCAUGAACAUUUCUUCA